AGUUCAGAAUGCGCGCUCCCAGUCAAUUUGGAGUCGAAAAAAUGGUGGCUAGCGCUCGGGUACAGAAGCUGCUCCGACGAUAUAAACUAGCGAUUGCCGUCGCAUUAACUAUCCUCCUGGUCCAGGGGCUUGUGGUAUGGAGUCUAAGAGGUCUGGAAGAAGGCGAGGCAGAGAGAAAAACACGACGUUCUAAGCUGCCUGACCACAACAGCCAGGACCCCAAGAGAGACGCCGCACUUUGGAAGAAACAAAACUCUUUGUCGGGUAGGGGCAGAUGGAGCGGCCGGUCGGAGAGGACGGGGGGCACAGCAGCCAGUGCGCUGAGGAGAGGGACCAACCGCAGAGGAGAAAAGCCCAACAUCAGGCUGAAGUCUCCCCAGGAGCGGGGGAUGACGGGAGCUGGAUUAGAUGCUGUGGUCCUCCAUGAUCUGUCCAGCAGCCGUAACUUCAGCGAGACCCGAGGUGGCAAAGACGGGGCGGCAAAGUUACCCACUGCUGCAAUACUGGGGGAGCCGGGCAGUGUGGACGGGGCGCACCAAGCCCCCAGCAGCGACUUUGUGCCUAAAUGUGAAAUCAUGGGCAAGGACGCGCUGUCUGCCCUUCACCGGGCCGGGUCACAGCAGUGCCGACAGGAGAUCGCCAACAUCGUGUGUCAGCAUCAGGCUGGGAAGCUGAUGCCAGACGCACUUCCUCAGUUCUGCCCCCAGCUCGGUAUUUCAAAUCCGGUCCAGGCUUUUGGCGAGAUGGACAACAGCCUGUCCAAAGUGGAGAACCCUGUCAGAGUGGCAUUCGUUCUGAUGGUACAUGGGCGUGCUGUACGGCAGCUCAAGCGCCUCAUCAAAGCCAUAUAUCACCGUGACCACUACUACUACAUCCAUGUGGACAAGCGGUCCAGCUACAUGCAUCGGGAGGUCCUUCAGAUAGCCCAGCAGUACCCAAACAUACGAGCCACUACCUGGCGGAUGGUCACCAUCUGGGGUGGUGCGAGCCUGCUAAAAGCCUACCUACGCACGAUGCAAGACCUGCUCUCUAUGCUGGACUGGAAGUGGGAUUUCUUCAUCAAUCUCAGUGCUACAGAUUUCCCCACCAGGACCAAUGAUGAACUGGUGUUGUUCCUGUCGCAGCAAAGAGACAAGAACUUCCUCAAGUCCCACGGGAGGGAAAAUGCCCGGUUCAUUAAGAAGCAAGGCCUUGACCGUCUCUUCCACGAGUGUGACAACCACAUGUGGCGUCUUGGCGAACGCAGCAUUCCCGAAGGCCUGGAGGUCUCAGGUGGCUCUGAUUGGUUUGCGCUCACCCACCGCUUCGUGGAAUACGUCAUCAACUCCCAGGAUGCCCUGGUGUCAGGGCUGAAGCAGUUCUAUUCCUACGCUCUGCUCCCUGCUGAGUCCUUCUUCCACACGGUGCUUGGGAACAGUCACAUGUGUGACACCCUGGUGGACAACAACCUGCGUGUCACCAACUGGAACCGCAAGCUGGGCUGUAAAUGCCAGUAUAAGCACAUUGUCGACUGGUGUGGCUGCUCUCCCAAUGAUUUCAAACCGCAAGACCUCAUCCGGAUCCAGCAAUUGACCCGUCCGACAUUCUUUGCCCGCAAGUUUGAGUCAGCAGUGAACCAGGAGGCCUUAGACAUCUUGGACACUCACCUGUAUGGCCAGUACGCUCCGGGCACCAUUGCCAUCAAGGCAUACUGGGAGAGCCUGUUUGAACAGCUGGAUGGCGUGGCCUCACUCAGUGACGUGGCUCUCACUGCUUACACCGCUUUCUUUCGUCUUGGCCUUAAGAAUCUGGUGACCACUCAGAGCAAUGUGGAGGCCUGCAGGCUUGAACCAGUAGGCUACCCUCUAUCAGUACACAUGUACUUUUAUGACGACCGUUUCCAGGGAUAUCUGGUGCGUCAGGAAGUCCAGGCUGUGGGUUCAAAGGUCAAGGAGACACUGGAGAUGUGGGCAGUGCCCCAGGCCACGCUUGUCCUUGAGACCAACCUAAAGGAGUUUGAAAGGCUCAAGAAUCUGGAAAUCGGCACAGAAUGGGAUCCUAAAGAAAGAAUCUUUCGUAACUUUGGGGGCGUGAUUGGCCCUUUGAAUGAACCACUUGCAGUCCAGAAGUGGGCACGCGGUCCCAACCUCACAGCCACUAUUGUAUGGAUUGACCCGGCUCUGGUGGUGGCUGCAUCUUAUGACAUUACCGUGGAUGUGGAUGCAGAAUACACCCAGUACAAACCCCCACUGCAGCAACCACUGCGGCCCGGUACCUGGACGGUGCGGGUGUUAAAACAAUGGGAGCGUGUGGCAGAAGUUCGCUUCCUUGUCAUGCCCUUAACCUUCAAAGAUAAGGAGCCACUACGCAAAGAAGAGGACAGCUGGCUGCAUGCCGGUCCUGCAGGUAACCAGUACAUGGAUCAGAGCUUCCAGCAACUGAGCUCCGUGCUGAAGCUGCCCCCCCAGGAGUUGGCCAUGCAGGAGGCCCAGCGUAAAGCCCAGCUUGUGGGUCAACCCCUUGAAGCGUGGGUGGACAGCAGCAUAGACACCUUCUGGGUUACAGGCGGCCUGUGCGCCACACAGCCUUCCUCUUGCCCAGCCGUGGUAACUUGCUCCAAGACCUCCUGGAGCUCUCUGUCCCCGGACCCCAAGUCUGAACUGGGCCCAGUCAAAAGUGAUGGGCGGAUCAGGUAGCCCCACGAGAGGAGGGUCUGUAGACUUCAACAUAUACACAGGAAGACUUAGGGAGAGCUGGACCUGCACUGGAGAGCUCCAAGAGAACCUGUGUGAACCGGAUAUAGUCUCAGAGCUCAAGGGCACAUAAACAACAAGACAUCUUCCUGCACUGAGGAGUCAAGACAUUCUCAGUCAAGUAGUUACACAGACUUAAAAGAGGAGGAUGUGACUGCUGGGAAUUUGCACAUAGAGCUUAUCAAGCACAAGGACUUGUGUCAUUGUUUGCAGAACAGCCGCCAGAUGUAUUGUGUUGUUUUGCUGGGACGCAGCUUGCCAGUCAUGGUUGGAGUUUGAAAAAAAGAAAAAAACAACCCCUCUGUGCAUGUUUGACUUCUGUUUGGACGCACAGUUUUCAGUUUUUCUCUGCUUGGAAAGAAUGGGAAGCAGUUAACUCAACAACAGGCUCCUCUUCAUUUCAAGUGAGAGUGGAACCUCUGAAUCAUGUAAUUGUGCUUAUUUUGAAGCAUUAAUUAUGUAUGCAUAAGUAACAGACAGAUGAAGUGCACUUUACUGUAAGACUAUAAUGUUACACAGAGGUCACUUAUGCAAGGAUCAGAAGUCAUGAGUCAUGGUUAAGGUGGUCACAUCACUUCCAUUUCCAUUGACUCUAAAGCAAAUACUUGCACCAUCACUCCCCUGCACAGACAUAUCACUAAAUAUUCAGACUUGUAACCUGUAUUAGGAAAAGAUAAGGAAAGAUAGUGUAGAGAGAGUAUUUCAUGUUUAGUUCUGUUUACUGUGACAUAUCAUAUGAACCUGUUUUCUUUUUUUUAUUGUUUGUUUUGUCUGUUAGUUCCUUGAACUGGCUGUAAAGUUUUAAGUUGUCUUUGAUGCCCAUUGUUACAAAAAAGCCACUCUUGAGUUGUUUAUCUGGUCAAAGGAAGUGCAGAGACAGCUGCAGCAUCAAUGCUGCAGAUAGUCAGGUUACAUU